AUGACACUUAGAGCAAGCUCCCGCGUGGAUUCUCCAAAGGUAUCGAGGAACAGGCAGAUUGAUCUCCUCAAAGGCUGGCCACAUCCGAGUCUGCUGCCGCCCCAUCAGCUGGACCAGGCGUCCGCAAAAAUACUAUCCAAUCCCUCCAACUCGGACGUCUUGUUUUAUGGUCCAGAUGAAGGCUAUCAACCACUGAGAGAGGAAAUUGCCAAAUGGCUCAAUGAUUUCUACCGGCCUAGCGAGACAGUCUCAAGCGAGAGAAUAUGUAUCAGUGGCGGUGCCAGCCAGAAUCUCGCCUGUAUUUUGCAGACUUUUACUGACCCGAUCUAUACUCGCAAUGUCUGGAUGGUGGCUCCGACAUAUUAUUUGGCUUGCAGGAUUUUUAACGACUCUGGGUUCGACAAUAAGCUGAGAGCUGUGCCCGAGGAUGCAGAAGGUAUCGACCUCUCGUACCUCGAGCGAAGGCUCCGAGAAAGCGAGAAACGGGCGAUGGCUGAAAACAACACAUCACCCCGGGUCAAGUCACCUAAGCCAUGGAGGAAGAUAUACAAACACAUUAUUUAUGCAGUCCCGACUUUUUCCAACCCUUCCGGUCGAAUCAUGAGUCUGGGCCAUCGGCAAGACCUGGUCCGCCUGGCUCGACAAUACGACGCUCUCAUUGUGACCGAUGACGUCUAUGACAUGCUCCAGUGGCCCUCCGAUCCCAAGGCCGGCUCGCGCAGGAUGGACACUGCUGUCCUGCCACGAAUAGUCGACAUUGAUAGACAACUCGAUGGCGGAGUAGUGGAUGAAUAUGGGCACGCCGUGAGUAAUGGGAGUUUCAGCAAGAUUGUGGCUCCGGGUUGUCGAACAGGUUGGGCCGAAGGGACGCCGGCAUUGGUCUAUGGACUGUCACAAACGGGUUCAAGUCGCUCUGGAGGCGCCCCUUCUCAUCUGGUCGCCUCCUUCAUUUACCAGAUGAUGGCCACCGGGGUUUUGCAAACCCACAUUCUGCAGGAAUUGCAGCCAGCGUAUGCGCAACGAUAUCAUCUGCUGAUGCGAGCGGUAGAGCAGCACCUGUUGCCAUUGGGACUGACCAUGCCUCAGGCGGACAAGGAUGUUGCCGGAGGCUACUUCAUCUGGUUGACCUUGCCAGGCUCCUUGGACGCGACACGCAUCUACAAACGGGCGUUGAAAGAAGCGAAUUUGACUGUAAUUGCCGGACCUAUGUUCAAGGUGGACGGAGACGAACAAAACAAGGAGGCGCGUUUUGAGCAGGAUCUCCGCCUGUGUUAUUCCUGGGAAGACUUGGAUGUGCUCGAGGAAGGCGUCGUUCGAUUGGCUCAGGUGAUUGAAAACGAGCUGGAAACAAACCGGUCAAGUGGAGGAUGA